AUGUCAACAGUAACAGCGACGGCGCUGCAGAGCUCCAAUCCGCCUAUCCUCCCACAAGGGUUCUCCGCCAAACAACCACCCACCAUCCGCCUCUACCCGCUCUCAAACUACACAUUCGGCACCAAAGAGACGCAACCGGAAGAAGACCCGUCGGUUUUAGCGCGGCUAAAACGGCUGGAAGAGCACUAUGAGAAGUAUGGCAUGCGGCGGACCUGCGAGGGCGUGCUGGUCUGCCAUGAACAUAACCAUCCACACGUACUGAUGCUGCAAAUUGCCAAUGCAUUUUUCAAGUUACCAGGCGACUACCUGCACCACGAUGACGACGAGGUGGAAGGGUUCAAAACGCGUUUGAACGAGCGCUUAGCUCCCGUUGGCUCACAGUUUAGUGGUGAGGGGGUAAAUGACGAUUGGGAAAUCGGCGACACGCUGGCGCAGUGGUGGCGGCCGAAUUUCGAGACGUUCAUGUACCCAUUCCUCCCCGGCCAUGUGACACGGCCAAAGGAGUGCAAGAAGCUAUAUUUCAUCCAGUUGCCGAAGAAGAAAGUUCUAUCCGUCCCAAAAAACAUGAAGCUACUUGCUGUACCCCUCUUUGAGCUGUACGAUAACACGGCACGGUAUGGACCCCAGCUCUCAGCGAUCCCGCACCUGCUGUCACGAUAUAACUUUGAGUUUGUGGAUGAGAAUGAUAAUGUGGUUGCGGUGACGCCGGGGGAGCAGCCGGGCCCUGACAGCAGCGGGGGAAUGCCACAGACGAAGGUGUUAUUGAGCGGUGAGGAUGGCGCGAUGGGAGAAGAUAAUAAGAAUGGCGUGGGGGACCAGGAGGGGGAUACGGGGAUGGAAGGUGUUGAGGGGCAGUAA